UCUGUGUUUGAUUUCUAUUUCCGUUUGCAUCAGUUAGUUACACCAUAGCACAACCACUUAGCCAGACUUGAUACUUUGAUCGACAUUCGAUUGGGAAUGGCCUUGGCAUACUUCCUCUGUGCUGCUUUAAUCACUAACUUCCUCUGUGCUGCUUUAAUCACUAGUGUCAUCAGCGAAUCUGUAGAAAUUGUAGUAAAAAAUGAGACCAGUCCAGGUGACCGCCUGGUGGAGAUUAUUAACACGAUGCGGCGGGACCGCACCAUGGGCUAUCAUCCCGACUGGAAUGCCUUCGGGACAUACUUCAUCGCCGCCAUCUUCCCAAAUCACACCAACGAAAUGUACUUUGACCUGCAGAAUCAACAGUGUUUUCUAGAGUUAGGGAUUAUGCAGGUGAAUAAAGAAAUUUCAGAACAGUGGGCGACCAGAGGUGGCCUUAUCAACCGCACCAGACCGGUGCGCUUGGAACUGGAGAUGCUGGAUCACAAUGGGAUUAGUUCGUGCAAGGAGAUGGAAAACCGGGUGGCGUUCAAGGCGUCAAAUUAUAUGAAGAAGAGACUUGAAAGGAGGGAUGUUGUCGCCUGGGUCGGACCGGGGUGUAGUGCAGGGGCACAACAACUGGGGCAUCUGUUACGGGAGUGGAAUAUUGCCUGGUUGGAAGGUUCUGCCGUAUCGACCAAACUGGAUGACAACGAUGUUUACCCAACUUUGAUCCGCACUGGGUGGACAAUGACCCGCAUGGCGGAGUUUGUCCAGAAGAUCUUCGAGGAGUUCGCCUGGUCUAAUUUUGCUUUGAUUUAUGACGAUGAAGAUCCCAUCUGGAGUAUUUUCGGCCAAGGCAUCUCAGACUAUUUCAAGGAUCAUAAAAUCGAGGAGGACGGCAUUUUUACGGCCCGGUACAGCUUCGUGCAGUAUUUGGUUCCGGCGGAGGGAACACUGGACGACCUCUCCGAGUCAUAUAAGACGACUUUUGAUGCCAUUAAACGACAUACAAGGGUUGUUUUGUUUACGGGAUCCGCAAGAGCCACGAAGAUUUUCCUCAUGGUCGCAAGCAAUUUAGGAUUCAUUUCGGAUGAAUGGACAUACCUAAUACCGGAUAUUAGUCACCAGAAAGAUCCAAUCAUUGGUUCGCCGCUAACAGGUGCAGAUAAAGAAAAGCUUGGUCAUUCCUCACACGAGGAGCACGAAAAGUUCCUACAUGAAGCCUUUACGCGGACGCUUGUAGUUUCCUUUCGCGAUUUUGAUAACGAUGUGCUUUUCAAUCCUACGUACGCCUUAUCGCUGUGUGAUGGUGAAUGCCCGGAAGGGAUGAUCGAAGCCUGUACUUAUUCAACGGGGCAAACCAGCCAGAGUAAUCAAGCGCAGGUAUCUGUAUCAUGGAGCUCGCUGCAUUAUUACUUGGCUAUCAGAAUUUUUGGCCAAGUAUUCAAAGAGUCAAUUAUUAACGGACGCCCGGAGGUGAACGGGGAUAAAAUCGUGGAGCGCAUAAAAAACCGAACGUUUCAUUUUGAGGACUUCGAAGGCUGUAAUACAACGGUGAACGAAUGCGGUGACGUUGUGGGUGACUAUGUACUGAAGGUGUACAACGAAGACGACCACAAAUUUCGGGUAAUGUUUGCCUACUCUUCGGCGGAUACUGAGCUGCAGCGAGUCACUAAUCAGAUACUAUGGAUUCCGGCAACAAACAAACCACGCUGUGGAUAUUUGAACGAAGAUUGUCUGAGCGACUGGGUUGUGGCAAUUAUUAUCAGUUUAUGCAUCCUGUUUACUAUGGCGGUGUUAUGCCUGAUUGUUUACCAACGAACCAGUAAAAAGCGGCUGGCCGAUACCAUCCGUAUGAACGAAAAAUGGUGGGAAAUCAGAUACGAGGAUCUGACCUUUCAAGGUCCGACCAAAUGCUCAUUCCCGCAGCGAAUGGAACGAUGUCGCCGGGAGAAAAAGAUCAGCGACUCAACGGACAUGGACCGGUCGAACAUUUGCACCAAGCCAAAAGCAAAGUUAUCUUUCCUGAAAACGGUGCAGCAUGGAAAUCUCCAUGGAACGCCCGUCUGUGUGCGGUUCGUCCGGAAAGAGAUCUGCGUGGUUUCUCUGCGGCACGCCUUAAGAAAUAUAAGAGAUUUAAGUCACGAAAACUUAGUGAGGAUUAUCGGCUUGUGUAUUGAUCCUCCGUUUCAAGCCAUUGUCACCGAAUACUGCAGUCGCGGCGAAUUGCCAUCUUUGCUCUUAAACGACAAUAUUCAGUUGGAAUGGACAUUCCGGUACUCGUUGAUUGCUGACUUGUUGGAGGGAUUAACGUUUAUUCACAAGUCGGCGUUCGAGUACCACGGAAUGCUGACCAGUUGGCGCUGUAUGAUUGACAGUCGGUUUUGCUUGAAACUUCGUGACCAUACGCUGAAAACGCUGCGUGAUGAGGAGACAAAUCCCAGCCGAUUGUUGUGGUGCGCUCCAGAAAUCUUGAGGGAACAGGAAAAACGCAAUUUUUCGUAUCAGGAAUGGAGAAUGGCGGAUAUCUAUGCUUUGGGGAUUAUUUUAAAGGAGAUUGGAACGCGAACACGGCCCUGGGCACUCGAAGGCGUACCAUACGAGCAAGAACCUUGUUGCUCAUACAUUAUCCAGCAAGUGCAGCACUGUGGAAUGGCUCCGUACCGACCGGAAAUUUACGGACUAAAAAGCAGUUGCGGUGUUCGUGCCAUAAUUGAGCAUUGCUGGCAGGAAAAUCCUAAGGAGCGACCGACCAUCGAGCAGGUGGUUGAUCAGUUUAAAGUCAUUCGAAAGGGCAGUAAAGGCAACAUGUUCGAUGAUUUAAUGAUGCGGCUGGAACGCUAUGCUAAUCAGUUGGAAGAGCUUGUCGAAGUCCGAACUAAGGAAUUCAUCGCCCAGAAACAGCGUACGGAAGAACUGCUACAUGAACUACUGCCAAGGAGCGUUUCCACGCAAUUAAUAAAUGACGGAAAAGUACCACCCGAAGCAUACGACUGCGUUACGAUCUACUUCAGCGAUAUUGUCUCCUUUACUGACCUUUCAGCCGAAAGCUCGCCAUUGGAAGUUGUGGAACUUUUAAACAGCCUGUUUGGGAUGUUCGACAAGCUCAUCAGCCAGUACGAUGCAUAUAAGGUCGAAACGGUUGGCGAUGCAUACAUGGUAGUUAGCGGCCUGCCUCACAGAAACCAUAACCGGCAUGCGGAGCAAAUCGCUCGCUUGGCUCUUAACAUCCGUGACUCCACCAACACUUUCCGUAUACCACAUCGACCGCAGCAGUCCAUCCAGCUGCGCAUAGGACUGCAUUCGGGUCCUUGCAUGGCCGGAGUGGUUGGAACACGGAUGCCGCGGUAUUGUUUGUUUGGAGAUACCGUUAACACCGCGUCCCGUAUGGAAAGCACGGGUCAACCCGGAAGAAUACAGAUGUCUACCGCCACAACAGGCUUCCUGCAAAAAUGCAGUAGUCAUAAAUUUACGAUUGAACCCAGAGGUGACAUACCUGUGAAGGGCAAGGGUAUAAUGGAGACAUUUUGGUUGAAGGGUGUGGACAGCGUAGUUGAUGAAGGAAUUGAUAGCAGCUAACACGCGGUCCCAAGCGGGCCAUAUAUACAGACUGUGUAUUUGAUUGUUAAGCCAUUCAGAAAGCGUUCAUUGUUUUUAUUUAGGAUUUAAAGUUGUGGCCGUUGUAGAUCUGACUUAUACAGUUUUUCAAAAACGUAUUAUGGACAUGCAGUGGGUGAUGGUGUGAUCUAAUUAUUCUAUACCGUAUGCUUUACUAUGCUUCUACAUGUGAGUAACAUUUACAAGACGUAUCAGUAAACCGUAAAAA